AAAUAAGGAGAGACCAUACGAAUCAGAUGAACAAAGAACAGACGAAAGCCAUCAGUGAACCCUAAAAAACAGGUGCUACAAAAAGAAGCAGGAUCCGGAGUAGUGAUUGUGCUAGCAAGUUGGCGUUGUGUUCGUAUUCUUGCAGAUUACAUUUAACGAAAUAAUCAUGACAGACACGAAUUUAACUGCAAUCCUCUACAAGAAAGGUGACAUCAAACUGGAGGACAAACCAAUCCCAGAACCUGGUCCAGGGGAGGUCCAGUUAUGUAUGCAGCAGGUCGGAAUCUGUGGGUCAGAUGUCCACUACUGGCAGCAUGGUUCGAUUGGUGACUUUGUGGUCAAGGCACCGAUGAUCCUCGGACACGAAGCCAGCGCUUUGGUCAGCAAGCUUGGAGAGGGAGUGACAACACUAAAAGUUGGUGACAGGGUUGCUAUAGAACCUGGUGUGCCAUGUCGUACAUGUCAUUACUGUAAAUCCGGUCGCUAUAACCUUUGUGCUGACAUGAAGUUUUGUGCCACGCCACCUUACGAUGGUAACCUGUCCCGUUUCUAUGUCCAUGCAGCUGAUUUUUGCUUCAAAUUACCAGACAAUGUAAGUUUUGAAGAGGGAGCCCUGUUGGAGCCACUUUCUGUGGGGGUUCAUGCCUGUAACAGAGGCGGAGUUACUCUGGGGAGCAGGGUACUCAUCUGUGGAGCAGGUCCGAUCGGGUUGGUCAAUCUCCUCACAGCUAGAGCAAAUGGUGCUUCAGAAGUGUGCAUUACAGAUAUUGAUGAAUCACGAUUGGAAGUCGCUAAAACAUUGGGUGCUACCUACACCCUUAAGGUGACGAGUCGUGACCCCCAGGAAGUCGCUAAGCAGGUUGAGAAUAUAAUGGGGGACAAGGCUGAGAUCACCAUUGAGUGUAGUGGGGCCACACCAAGUAUACAGACAGCAAUAUAUGCAACCCAGUCCGGUGGCUGUGUGGUGUUGGUGGGGCUUGGCCAGGCUGACGUAACCAUGCCGAUUGUCAACGCUUCUGUAAGAGAGGUGGACAUCAGAGGAAUCUUCAGAUACGUCAACUGCUACCCAACUGCGUUAGCCAUGGUGGCUUCUGGGAAAGUUGACGUCAAGCCUCUGAUAACACACAGAUUUUCAUUGGAGGAUUCCAUCAAGGCCUUCGAGACGACCUUGAGAGGUGAAGGAAUCAAGGUCAUGAUCAAGUGUGCUCGAUAGGUUGGAUAGAGAUUUUGAUUUAUCACAUAAUGUACUUUGUUAUCCAGUGAAUAUACCCAUGUCAUAUAUUUUUGCAUAUUGACCCAUUUAAUAUGACUUAUCAGCCCUGUGAUUGGUUGUAAGUUUCAAUUGUUUCUAUUGUGACGUCAAGCCUAGGACAAGUACAUGACGUCACAUAUUUGCGCACUGGAGUCAAAAUGGCGGCUUUUUACAUUUCAGGGUUACAUGAAAAUUGUCUGAUUAUGUGAUUAAGAGGAUCUUACACUCCUUUUCAUUUCAUAUGAAAUUUAUGAAACUUGUCACAAAUUUUUCAUUUUAGCUCAACAGAGGCUCGCUAAAUUGAAAAAUCUUAGUCUCGUUUCAUAAAUGUCAUAUGAUAUUGAAACUCAUGUAAGAUCCUUUAUGAAUGCUAUAAUCUUUUAACCAAAUUGGUAUGGUUUGUAUUGUGUAAGUGUAAAUGAAAUGUUGUCAGAACAAGUUUUACAGGGUAAUGCUGCUCACUGAUUCUUCAGUGUAAUCGAUAUUGAGAUUUUUUUUUUUACCGUAUUUGUUUAAAAAAAAGGCUGAGCACUAUUAUUUGUAUAGAGGAGUCACAAACCAAAUCAGAGCUAAGGGGUAUUUACAACUUUAUUGCAUUUAAUUACAUUGGAUUGUCUCUUUAACUAAGUCAUGAUUUAGAAUUUUGAAAUGUUUAUGGGAUAAAGUCUGGUACUGACAAUACUACUUUCACAAAAUUUACAUAAGAAUGACAAAAACUUUAAUUUGGUAUUAGAUGUAAACAAUUAUGCCAACAAAACAUUGUUGUGUUUGAACUUUCUUCUCUAAUGUUCAUUACAUGGAUAGCAACUACCGUAAAUGUUAAAUACACGUAGUUGAAAAAGUGUCAAAAAACAUAAAUAUUACUAAAUAGGCAGCAACUUUGAUGUGAGGGGUUGUGUAAACUCUUAUAACUUUUUU